GCACUGAUAUAUCGAAUGCACGUGCUUGGAAUAUUUCGUCAACAUCGUCAAUAUCACAUGGGUGAAACCAAUACCCCUCCUGUUUCUCCACGUGAUCAAGAGCCCAAUGAUUCUGAUGAAGAAAUUGUCGGAAACCAGAACGAAGAUGAAGACUUUGAAGUGAUUGAAGUCUAUGAAGAAGAUAUUGAAAAUGAAGAGGGAGCAGAAGGUGAGGAUGGUGAAAAUGAAGCAGAAGGUGAAGAUGGAAUGGAAGAACUAGACAUACCCGAUGAUGCUUUAUUAACAUUCAAGCAACAUACUGGUUCAGUGUUUUGUUGUUCUUUCGAACCCAAGGAAAGUAAACUGGUUGUGUCGGGUGGAGAGGACGACAAAGCAUAUGUGUGGAAUAUCACAGAUGGCCAGGUUCUUUUUGAAUGUACAAAUCAUCAAGACUCUGUCACCUGCGCACUUUUUAGUCAUGACGGUUGCUACGUCGCCACAGCUGAUAUGGCCGGCUUAAUCCAAGUUUGGAAGGUGGCAACCAAAUCUGUCGUUUGGACAUUUGAAACGGGAGAUUUAACUUGGAUAGAUUGGCACCCAGCAUCCCAUAUUUUAUUUGCUGGUACUGACGCAGGAGACACUUGGAUGUGGAAAAUUCCGUCUGGAGAUUGUAAAACUUUACCCGGUCAUGGAGAGAGGAACGAAUGUGGCAAAAUUCUUCCAGAUGGUAGGCGGAUAGCUGUUGGCUACGUUGACGGUUCGGUGAAAGUGUUUGAUUUGAAAACCUUGGCUGUUCUUCAGCACUCAAAUGGAGGACAAACUCACACGAAUGGUGUUUCCUCGAUCGAUUGUCAUCGCGACAAUAACUUGAUUGUCUCCGGAUCUUUUGAUUCUACAGCCAAACUAUACAACAGUCAAACUGGCAAACUUUUGUGCACCUUGUCCUGCGUGGGCGUUGGUGGUUCUGAAGAUCAGAGCUCAGUCGAAGCAGUUUCGUUUUGUCCUGAAACAUCCGUGAACCUCGUCGUCACAGGCACGCUGAGCGGGAAAAUCAGUUGUUGGGACAUACCAACUCAAAUCGAAAGGCAGUCGUACGAUCAGUCAGCAGGAGUCGUGAAGCUCGUGUGGCAUCCCAAACACACGCAUCUACUCUUCUCCGCUGGUCUGGACGGCGUGGUCCGUUUGAUUGACUCUAGAAGUGGUACCCUGGUGCGCGAGUACAGAGGCCACACGGCCGACCUAUUAGACAUUUCCGUGUCCUUCGAUGGUUACCAUCUGGUUACGUCGUCGGACGACCAAACUUGUCGAGUAUUUGAAGUGAACGUUGACCAUUGAGAGUUGUGUGCCUUUGAACCAUCGCCAACUGCUUCCUCAUCCAUCGUGACCGAAGAUUCUCGGUUUGACAGUUAUUCACCCGUGCUCUUUUGGUAUCCAAGUUUGUUUGUUUGUUUUUUCAAUCUCUCGGCUUGUUAUGUAAUUAUCGAAAGAAAAGACUGAAGAGGAAGAAAUCCAUCUCAAUUGAAAAAUU